CAGCCUGCGGACGCAAGGCCCGCCGCCUUUCUUUCUUUUGAUUCUCUCUUCAAGAGCUUGCUAGCAUCUGCUGGCUGCUUAUUUCCUGUUCUCCUGCUUUUUUCACCACGCUGGGCGUGCAAUUUCAGGCAGCAACGACCGACGCAAUGGCCGCAAGUGCGCCUCGCAAAAGAGGCCCGCCUCCUGGCCUACGCAUCGAAACCCCGAUAUUCCCGCUCAUCGACACAGAUUCGGACAAUGGCGGCCGACCACGCUCCCUCAGAAACAUGAAGAAGCUCUCCCUCACUCUCCCCGACGCCCAGUCAUCCUCCGACAACAUUACUGCCGCCACCGCCGCCUUUCCGCCUCGCCCUCGACGUCCGUCUGUCAUCUCUCUCCCUGCCCCGACGCCUGCCGCCCUCCUCGCGCGCAGCGAAGAACACGAUCCCGACGUUCCUUACGCCGAUGGGCCCCUCCAAAUCAUGCCUGGCAUCUGGCUAGGCUCUGAGGACAACGCCCGUGACUGGCCUCAGCUCAGAGAUCGCGGUAUCAAGGCCGUCCUCAACGUCGCCAAGGAAGUCGCCUCACCUUUCGACACCUCCAAGCCCCUUCGCUCGUUUGCCUCGGCUCCCAACCUCAAGGGUUCUCAACUAGAGCUCACAGAUACAUUCUACCCCGCACACCACGCCUCUGGACGACCUGCCAUGCAUUAUCUCAAACUCAUGUGGUCUCAUGGCCAGCAGGAUCUUGUGGCUUCUGGGUUCCCAGCUGCAAUGGCAUUCACCGACGCUGCCCUCGAGCGAGGUGAUGGCGUCCUCAUCCACUGCCAGUGUGGUAUUUCUCGCUCAGCUACCAUGGUAAUUGCCCUCGUCAUGCGUGCGGCCGCCGAGCGCUCUUCCAACGUCCCACCGGACAUAUGGGCUCUCAAGGGUAUGCAGCCCGCAUAUGAUUUCGUAAAACAGAAAAGCAAAUGGAUAGGCCCCAAUAUGUCGUUAAUAUACCAGCUAUUGGACUAUGAACGCAAACUGACCAGCUCUCCUUCCAAUUCGGAACGCUCCUCGAUCGUUGAUGAGGAAGAGGAAUGGGGUAGGAAGAGACGGUUGCUUGAUGAGACACCAUCAGAACCGGAGGAUGAAGAAAACACGUUUGUCAUGCGGGAGGCCAAGGCGCUUGACAAGGCUAUGGAAGACCGCAUUGUCGCACGGAAAUCGUCAGCCUCGUCGACGUCCUCUAUGGGAUCGUCGACCUCUGGUGUUGGCAUGGGCGCCGCAUGGAGAAGUCGCUAUGGUGCUCGCAAACGCACUGGAUCAGUAGCGAGCAGUAUCUUUAGCGAAGAGUUGGUAGAGGAAGACGAGGAGCGCAGUCUGCUGGGUAUCGGUGGUGGGUUUGACGAGACAAGCAGCUUUGAGCGCGACACGUCGUCGUCGUCGACCAACUCGCCAGACGAUGUAGACUAUAGACGGAGUUCGACGCGACCGCCUCCGUCUGCCCCGAUAUGGAAAACGUCUUUUAGUUUUGUACCGCCACCGUCGGCAACGCGGGCGACGUUUGAUAUGCACGGGACACCGAAGGCUAAGCGGCGACCAGUGCCGCUCCUGCCGCCGGUUCCGCCGUCGCCGACCAAUGUUCUGGUCAACAAUUCUCCUCCAAAGCCGCCCAAGCACCACCCUUCACCUUCAUCGUCGCCCUCGCCUCGCCCUCAUAAACUGUCUCUGCGGAUGCGCACCGAGUCGCGUAAACCGGCCCCCCCGCCUCUUCAUCUGCGACAUUCUGUUUUGAACCAGGCGCGGCCACAGACAAGUCACGCAGCUACACCGAGCCAGACGCUGUUUGUGUUCCCGCCGAGUCCGACGAUGGGACGGACGCCUGCGACGAUGACGCUUACGAGUGAAGGUGUGCCGUGGCCUGCGAUCACGCCUCGUGUGUCAACGUUCCGGUCGCAUGGACGGACGAGAAGUUUUAUUGGGAUUGCUGCGCCGCCUACACCGACGACGGCGUUUAGCAAGGUGGACGCAAGAGGGUAUGUCGGGUUGGAAAGCAGUAUGAUGUAGGCGUUAUGCGAUCUAUGCAUCUCUAUUUUUUAAAUUCUGUCAAUUUUUAUUUACACUUGCAUUUGAACUCUUCAGCGCACACAUCCAUUGACACUGUUUUCUUCCCUUUUUUUCAUGUUUUUUAUUUCAUGUAUCACCAGGGUUUGAUCUACGUUCAUUUUACGCCUAGUGACAGUCGCUUAGUCUUGUUUUUUUUCGAUGCACAUACAUUUUUUUUAUUCGACCUCUAUAUAUUAUAUAUUGUAGCACUACGGAAGAAUAAAAAAGAAGUGGUUGCAAUGUAUGCUACUUGAACAUCCUCCCGAC